AUUCUCAAGCUCUUAUCGAUCUUAUCUGCUAAGCUAUAACUACAACCAUGUCGAUUCAUUCUGUAAGACGCGAGUGUGCCAAUCUCGCUUGGGACAACAGCAUUCCCCCUGCACUGCAUGUUAAAUCAGGCGAUGAAAUCACCUUUGAUUGCAUUGAUGCAUCGAAUGGGCAGCUGACUGCAGAGUCAACAGUCGCAACUCUAGCGACGAUAAACAUGGCAGCAUUCAAUCCAGUGAACGGGCCUGUAUUCGUGGAUGGUGCACAGCCUGGUGAUACACUCCAAGUUGACGUUCUACACAUCAAGAAUCCCGAAUGGGGAUGGACGGGGCUGUUCCCGGGAUUCGGACUGCUUGCAGAUGAAUCCUGGAAACUGGAACAGGAGGGCUUUGCAUGGUUUGAUGAGAAGAAGGGUAUAAAGGUACCACUGAGGCCGUUUGCUGGGGAGAUGGGGGUCGCGCAGAAGAAGAAUGGCGCUCUUUCCACUAUUCCGCCAUAUCAUACGGGAGGUAAUAUCGAUACAAAGCAUAUUACGGUAGGUUCAACUUUGUUUCUUCCGGUUGAGGUGGCGGGAGCACUGUUUAGCAUUGGGGACGGUCAUGCCGCACAGGGGGACGGAGGAUCGGCAAUCGAGACACCCAUGAGAGUCACAGUGCGGCUCUCAGUCAGAAAAGAUAAGCCGUACACCAAGACACCACACUUCAGCACGGCUACUACUGAUGCCGGGGAGUAUUAUUGCACCACCGGCAUCGACUCGGAUAUGAGGGAGGCGACGAGAUCAGCUGUGAGGAACAUGAUUGCUUUUCUGGUUGCGGAAUAUGGGUUGGAUAGGGUGGACGCGUAUAUUUUGUGUAGCGUCGCGGGAGAUUUAAGGAUGCAUGAGGUGGUGGACAUGCCAAACUAUGUGAUUGGGAUAAUGAUGCCCAGGUCUGUGCUCAGACCAUCGAAUAACGCCUGAAGGAAGGGAGCACGUUCUGCCAAUAGCUUCGCCACAUGUAGUACCCUGAAUAUCUGGAACGUGUCGAGCAAAGCUAUGCACGUUAUUAGUCUGGCUGACAUAACCUGUCAGCGACGACGACGUUAGUGCGGCUCAACCGUGGGCUUCAACACUGCACUGGCACGACUCAGCGGUGAAACAAUAGCGCUAAUAUGUGCAUUGUCGGGCAACGUCGUACCAGGGGCACGGAGCAAGUUGCAACAUCACGGUGAGGUCUGUCAGGCUGAGUAGUGUCUCAGAACAUUGUUCCCCUCUGACAGAUGUCGUGAUGAUGUAGCAGGUCAGAGGGAAGGUUUCCGUAUGCACUAAGUUACAGUCAGAGCAUUGUUCCGCAUGAAUAGUUACUCAGAGUUGUACGGACGCAACGCAACGCAAUUUUAGAUUACUCAUCGAGGUACAAAUCGGCGCAUUAUAACUUCCCCAUUUGGUGUAGACUCCGAGAAGACGUCG